AGGCUGUGGAGCGGACGGACGCGCCUGGGACCCCAGGAGGGGGCUCCACUGGGGUAGGAAGAGGUGACGGGAAAGAGGCGCCCUCCCUGACGCAGGGGCUAGGGGUCUUGCGUGGAGGGGAGCCCAAGUCCUCUGCUCAGCUCCCAACAGAGGCCUCGCGACCCUGGGGGGCCCUGAGCCCACCCAGCACCACCCAGCAGGGACUCUAGCCACACCCCAGUUGCCUGAAGCAGCAGGCCGAGUGACCACUGCAAGGCCUUCCAGCCACCUGCCUCGACUGCUGCUUCAGGCACUAGUCCCCCGACCGGCAGGGGCCAGCCAGGUGACAUGCCGGUGCUCUCCACUCCCAAGCCCUCGAGGGCCACCACGCUGAAGCGCACAGCCGUGGUCCUGGCCCUCGCCGCCUAUGGCGCCCACAAACUCUACCCACUGGCGCGGCAGUGCCUGGCUCUAGCCAGGGCCCCCCCAGGGCCGGCAGGAGACCCCCAACCGGAGGCCCUCACGACUGCAGCCAAGGCCAGCGUGAACCGGGCGUUCCUGCAGCGGCUCCUGUGGCUCCUGCGCCUCAUCUUCCCCAGGCUGUUGUGCCGGGAGACUGGGCUGCUGGCGCUGCACUCGGCCACGUUGGUCAGCCGGACUUUCCUGUCCGUCUAUGUGGCCCAACUGGACGGCCGCCUGGCCCGCUGCAUCGUCCGCAAGGACCCACACGCCUUCGGUUGGCAGCUUUUGCAAUGGCUCCUCAUCGCCCUCCCGGCCACCUUCAUCAACAGUGCCAUCCGCUACCUGGAGGGCCAGCUGGCCUUGGCCUUCCGCAGCCGACUGGUGGCCCAUGCCUACAGCCUCUACUUCUCUCAGCAGACCUACUACCGAGUCAGCAACAUGGACGGGCGGCUGCGCAACCCCGACCAGUCCCUGACGGAGGAUGUGGUGGCCUUCGCCGCUUCGGUGGCCCACCUCUACUCCAACCUGACCAAGCCGCUGCUGGACGUGGCCGUGACCGCCUACACCCUGCUCCGCGCUGCACGCUCACGUGGGGCCGGCACAGCCUGGCCCUUGGCCAUCGCUGGCCUCGUGGUAUUCCUCACGGCCAACGUGCUGCGGGCCUUCUCGCCCAAGUUCGGGGAGCUGGUGGCCGAGGAAGCGCGACGGAAGGGGGAACUGCGCUACAUGCACUCCCGUGUAGUGGCCAACUCGGAGGAGAUCGCCUUCUAUGGGGGCCAUGAGGUCGAGCUGACCCUGCUGCAGCUCUCCUAUAAGGACCUGGCCUCCCAUAUCAACCUCAUCUUGCUGGAACGCCUGUGGUAUGUCAUGCUGGAGCAAUUCCUGAUGAAGUAUGUCUGGAGCGCUUCAGGCCUGCUCAUGGUGGCCGUCCCCAUCAUCACCGCCACUGGUUACUCAGAGUCAGAAGCAGAGGCAGUAAAGAAGGCGGCCAUGGAGAAUAGAGAGGAGGAGCUGGUGAGUGAGCGCACCGAAGCCUUCACCAUUGCCCGCAAUCUCCUCACCGCUGCUGCUGACGCUAUCGAGCGCAUCAUGUCAUCCUACAAGGAGGUGACAGAGCUGGCUGGCUACACAGCCCGGGUCCAUGAGAUGUUCCAGGUCUUUGAUGACGUCCAGCACUGUCGUUUCAAGAGGCCUGGGGAGCUGGAGGAUUCCUCCGUGCGGCCUGGAGCUGUGAUGCGGCCCGGUGUUCGUGUGGAGGGACCCCUGAAGAUCCUAGGCCAGGUGGUGGACGUGGAGCAGGGCAUUAUCUGCGAGAACAUCCCCAUCAUCACUCCCACCGGAGAGGUGGUGGUAGCCAGCCUCAACAUCAGGGUGGAGGAGGGCAUGCACCUGCUCAUCACGGGCCCCAACGGCUGCGGCAAAAGCUCACUGUUCCGCAUCCUCGGCGGGCUGUGGCCGACUUAUGGGGGUGUGCUCUACAAGCCCCCACCCCAGCGCAUGUUCUACAUCCCACAGAGGCCCUACAUGUCGGUGGGCUCACUGCGAGACCAGAUCAUCUACCCGGACUCGGUGGCCGACAUGCUCAGGAAGGGCUACUCAGAGCAGCACCUGGAGGCCAUCCUGGACAUCGUUCACCUGCACCACAUCCUCCAGCGGGAGGGAGGUUGGGAGGCCGUGUGUGACUGGAAGGACGUGCUGUCCGGUGGCGAGAAGCAGAGGAUUGGCAUGGCACGCAUGUUCUACCACAAGCCUAAGUACGCCCUCCUGGAUGAGUGUACCAGCGCCGUCAGCAUCGAUGUGGAGGGCAAGAUCUUCCAGGCUGCCAAGGACGCGGGCAUCGCCCUCCUCUCCAUCACCCACCGCCCCUCCCUGUGGAAGUACCACACGCACUUGCUGCAGUUCGACGGAGAGGGCGGCUGGAAGUUUGAGAAGCUGGACUCUGCGGCUCGCCUGAGCCUGACCGAAGAGAAGCAACGGCUCGAGCAGCAGCUAGCGGGGAUCCCCAAGAUGCAGCAGCGCUUGCAGGAGCUCUGCCAAAUCUUAGGCGAGGCAGCCACCUCUGGGUCACCCCCGGCCUCUAGCCCCCCAGGACCUGGGCUCCUCCCAGGCAUCACCACCUGAAUCAGCACCCCAACUCUGGACCCUCGGCCCCAUCCCCUCCCCUGAGCUAUUGGAUCAUAUGAAGGAAACAGCAGCCCCCCACCCCCCGCUGCCCAUCCCUGCACGCCUCCCCCUCCUUGUGCACCCCUCCCCGAGCCCAUGUCCCUGGGGCGUGUGCUCAGUGACUGGGUUCCACUGCUGACCAAAAGGUGCCUUGGAAGAAAGGCCUGGCAUUUGACUUCCAAAACGAAAAGUCAGCCGUUGAAAACCCUACGGAGCAGAGCUGUUCUCUGCCCCGUGGCACCACAAGUCAGUAACUGUGGCCUGUUAUUGGAGUUGGUCCCUUAGUUUUCUUUGGGGCCCAGGGAACAGGCAGGGUAUGUGCAAGCCUGAGACCUAAGUCCUCGCUCCAUCUGCCCUUUUGUCCCUCGAAGAUCCUGUGCCCCAUCAACCCAGCAGAAGCCUGGCCAAAUCAUGCCCUCGGAGGACCCAGCAUUGGCUGCCAAACACGACGGGAUUGGAGCAGGGCCCCGCUCGGUCCCGAGCCUUUUCUUAUUCCAAAACCUAAUUUAUUUGAGUGUCGGUUUGUAUAUGUCCUAACUGCCUAUGUGAGCUUCCUGCCAGUGGGGAAGGCAAGACCGGGCAGGAAUCCACCCGGUGCCAAACCUACAGCCCUGGGCAUCACCGCUCUGCCAGCCUACACUGCCAGCUGCCUCCUGUGGUUCCAGCUGCCGUGAGUAAGGGUCCCAGUGUUCCCAGCUCAGUGCCAAAGAGGGGUCUGCCAGAGGCAUUGUUGUGCCAAGCCGGCCCUCACCAGAAGAAGGGGACCCCACUUCCACCGUGUGCCUUUACUGGCCCCUGAACCCCCGGGCCAGGAGCCUCCCUCAGUCCCCUCAGUAAAAAGCAGCCAUGAAAAAGCUCCCUGCC